CACUCACUAACUGUAAGUCGCUCUGGAUAAGAGAUGGUUAAGAAGAUACAUUGUCGAAAUGGGCGUGGUUUAUAACUUUGUGGCUGUGGUAACUAGUGACGACCGAAUAUCCCAUGCAGUACUAGCAAAGAUGGUGGAUUUCCUCUAGCUAGCUAAUGUUAGCUCACUCGUAGUCACAGCCACUGGCUAACGUUUGCCAUUCAAUUUAACUCAAAAUGUCUGUUGUCUUUGUACCGAAAAGACAAAGAGGAAAAGCUCAGAUCAACCAAGAAACCAUCCAAAGAUUGCUGGACGAAAAUGACCAGCUGGUAAGGUGCAUCACAGAGUACAUGCAAAAAGGACGAGCAACGGAAUGUGUACAAUAUCAACAGAUCUUGCACCGCAACAUUGUUUACCUGGGAACCAUAGCAGACGAGCCAAACCUGGCUCCAACCACAAACGUCCCAACGGAGGCACCAACAUUGACAGCCCAGAAUGGACAUAAAGCCAUCACACAAAAUGGCCAAUCAUUUCCUCUGAACUGAUUCACAUCUUUCAUUCUUUUCAAUUAAAAAUAUAUAAAGUUUGCUUUCCUUA